AUGGGAUUCGUUCUUUUCAAAGAUAAACAGAUUUUCCAAACGAUAAAACAAUCCACUCCUAGAGAAAAGAGAAAAUACCGGGGCCCGCAUAAGCCCCAGAAAAUCAUCUUAUGGGAAAGAAAACUUAAUAAAGUGUUUUCCUUAUUCUUUAUCAGCUACUCCAUAAAGAACGACGAAGAUAAAGAACUAUAUGAUCCGGGGAAGCUAGGAAAAGCUGUGUCUCCCCUCAAGGUAUACAAGGCCUCUAAAAUCAUAGGUUAUGAAACCAUUGCCGGUUUACGGCAUAUGAUGAUCAUGGCCGACAUUUUAACUUGCCAUGAAUGA